AGCUGGGUAAACAUGGCGUCAGUCUCACUGUGUAAUGAUAAUGUCGCUCCUGUCUGCUAACGGUGUUCUUGCUGGACGCACUUGUGAAGGAGACAACGUGACGGGAAUGAAGACAUGAAGAGAAGACGGAGAGAGUAUCGCACUUUUGUCGUCUCGUUCCUUGACAUUGCAUGGAAAGGUCUGAUGAUGGCCGGAUGCUGAGACUGGCGCUAUAUACGUAAUUGCUUUUGUUAGCGGGACACUGACCGGACUGCAUGUCAAAAAUUAACAUCGAGUUUCAUAUACUGUGGACUCAAUCCACGAUGCCAUAGAUGAACACAGGGACACAAUUUCCCCAUAGGAGUGUAUAUUUUUUGGUCGAUCCGUAUGCCAGCGUCUGUACACGAGACCACAAUGAUCAUCAGUGUGACUUAACAUUAUCUGACUUUCAGCCCUGCUCUCUGCCAGCCUCUUUAUAAUUUAUAGAUGAGCUGCACAGUGUGGCGACUCUCAUGCCUUGCUCUACAAUAGCACUAUGAUAGGUUCACCAGAUGUGGUGGCUUUCACAAAAGAGGAUGAUGAUUGUGAGACUACUGCUGACCCGUGGGCAAUUCCAGAGGAGUUCUCCAUUCCCCUCCAUCCUCCAGCUGACUCCAACCCCUGGGCCAAAACCUCCUACGCUAAGUUCACCAAAGACUUCAUCCUCAUUUCGGAGUUCUCUGAGCAAGUGGGUCCUCAGCCCCUUCUCACCAUUCCCGAUGACCCCAAAGUCUGUGGCACCUUUGAUCUCAAUUACUUCUCCCUGCGCAUCAUGUCAGUGGACUACCAGGCCUCCUUCGUGGGCCAUCAUCCCGGCAGCGGAUAUCCUCGACUCAGUUUUGUGGAGGACUCAAGGGUCGUACUGGGUGACUCUAAAGAGGGCGCUUUUGCCUACGUCCAUCACCUAACGCUGUACGACCUGGAGGCGAGGGGCUUUGUGCGGCCCUUCUGCAUGGCGUAUGUUUCAGCAGAUGAGAGGAAGAUCAUGUUACAGUUUCAGGAGCUCUCAGUUCGCUUCUCAAAAGCCUCGGAGUGCUUAAAGGCUGGCAACCGCAGAGCCUUCGCCAAAGAACUUCAGAGGAAGCUUCGAGACUUAGAGUACACUUACUCUGUUCUGCAGAGGGAGGAAGGCCUGCAGCGAGAGGCAGGAACACAGAGCAUGUACUCUGCUCAUGCUGUGGAAAAGGCCAAUGAACUCGCCAGUGUGGAAAAGAGCAUAUACGAACAUAGAGACCUCCUUAAACAGAUCAGCUCAUACCCCCAUCGUCCUCGCAGGGACCCUCAAGCUGUUGCGUGUCAGAAGUGUAUGAGCGAGUGUGAAGAGCUCUUUGGUAAGUAUGCCAGGCUAGCCAACCCCUUGAAUUGCAACGACGGAAGGGCGAAGGAAGGAGACGAUGUUCAGGGACAGAACGGUAAUGGAGGUGAAGUGGAAAUGGGUGAAGACGAAUGUGUUAAACGUAGGCCGUCCUAUACGCCGCAGCUAAUUAAAGCUAAGUCUGCAAAAUGUUUCGACAAGCGCCUCAAAACCCUCCAAGAGCUGUGCGAUAACGCCUUCUACGAUGCCACUGUGGAGCUUCUGAAGGAGACUGAAAGGAGUUUCCGAGGUGACCUAUGCUAUCUGCAUACCCGUCGCUUGGACCUAGCACUGCGGAGAAAGCAGAGAAUUAUUAACUUUCUAUUUGAGGAGGAACUCUGUGAAGAUGACUAUGAUGAUCUUGACGGCAGGGCAACAUUAAGAACAUUUUGCGCUAUGAACCAUGCUGUAGACAACUCCACACUCAUAAGUCCAGUACCUAUUGUAGUCGGACCAGAACCUUCAAAGCCUUACGACCCUCCCUGUGACACUAGCCAUGCUCAAGACCUCACGCGGGGAGACGGGAAUUUUAAUUCCUCGUGUUUUGACCAGGAUAUGGAUACCCAGAAGAGCUCUGAGAAAUCUAAUGGAAACUGUAGCAAUCAAACAAGUCUGAAGCCAGAGGUUCUAGAUCUUGAGUCUGACUCGACCCCAGAUUGCGAAUAUAAAACUGAUCUGGAUGCUAAGAGCAACAGUGAAUGGGUGGAGGCUGCUACUGAUGGAGAAAGGGAACCCAGUGCUUUGUUAGAAGAAACUACCAGGGAGGAGGAAUGCGAAGACUCAAAGUUAGUUCCGAUGGAUGCCACAUGCUGUAUGACUCAUGAAGGAUUUAUUGAUAAUCCGCCUGAUGUGGCGCCUAAUUUCACUGUUCACAUCCGAGAUACUCAAAUCCCGGUUGUCAACCAGGAGCCCCAAGCCCUACUUCCGCUCCAGGAUGACUAUGCCGUGGGAUCCCCGAGCUCAGAGAACCACACAGCUGGACUCCUUGGAGAUGGUGUGUCUCGUGCCUCAGUCGAGGACGGGUCUGAUUGUACCAUGAGUACAUCUACUGGUUCUGAUUGGACAACCUCCCCUCUGGGCAACGGGGGGAUGCUGACCCUGCGUCAGAAGAAGAAGGCGGGACAGGGGGCCUUGCGGUUCGUGCGACAGUACCCCUUUGCUAUACAGGCUUUGUGGUGUUUGCUGAGCGGCAGGACACUUGUAGUGCUUGGGGCUGAUGAGGUGAGAGUUCGUCGGCUGGUUUCUGCUCUGGCCCUAUUUGUACCUGCGCCGGGGAAAUGUGGAGAACGGGUGCAAGCUUGGCUCUGCUGUCCUUUCACCCUUACUGACCUGCAUAGGUGGAAACUUAUUGGAUUGCAAAGAGUGGCCUCCCCUGUGGGUUCAAGCAUGCUGUACUCACUGUCCCGCUACAGCCGCUACAUCUCCAUCUUGGAUGCCGACCAAAAGACGUUGCGCUGUCCACCUUAUUGCGGGGAACUGCUGGCCAACAUGGCUGACCACCGGACCUAUGUUCGCCGAGGUUCCACCUACUUCCUUCAUGUGCAGAGCAUACUUUGUCGUCUAGCGGCCAAGGCCUUUCUGUUCACCUUCACCCACCACCUCCACCUGCCAGUGAACACCACAGAGGGUCAAGAUGGCGUGGAGACCCGCCGCAACUACUUCCUUCAGGAGAGGCUGGGAGAUGACGACAGCCAGAUAGUGGUCUACCUCAGCCAGCUGAUCACUCAGCACUACCUGCACGCUGCUGACGAGCGCAAUGCAGCAGCGCAUUCUUUUAAUUUUAACUACACCACCAGCGUUUUAUACAAAAUCUGACCUUUUACAAGGAGACGGCGAGAUGCCAUAUCCACCUUUUUAGUUUUUAAUGGACUAAAGAUGAUCUUGCUCUUUAAGAUGAUCCUUUUAAUCGGCGAUCAAACCGCACAGUUUUUAUUAUAAUGAGUGUUGCACCGAUACUAAUGGUAUUGUUACUAAUAUGAUGUCAUCAUUAUCGGGGAGUACUAAGAAAUAUUGUGCCCAUUCUGUGCAAUAUGUAAUUUUCAAGAUCUACUAGUUUCCAACUGCUGGUUGCUCUACCCAAGAAGGCCACCAGCCACACACACUACUGUAAAAGAAAACAAAUGCUGCCCGCCCUGCCACUUCAGAUAGAUAGGACGUCUGCCACUAUAAAUAGAUUAUGUGUGAAACAGUGCCUGACCAAUCGAUGAUUGCAAUUACUUUACAGUCGAGUAUACAGUAAUUUAUUAUUAUAGCAUUUUUUUAAUUUGUAAAAUUGGUAUAGGUACAAAAUCGGCAUUGGCCGAUACCAGCCAGUAUCGGUGCAACACUAAUUGUAAUAUCUUUGCAAAGAUGCCUUGCUGUUUAUGUCUGGGCUGUGUUUGUGUGUGUCGUAAAUGAGCAAACCGUAGCGAAUGUCGGGAAGUGGAUUAGUUGUGAAAGCAUGUUGAAUCAAACAUGCACGCAUGCUGUAAUCCUGAUGCAGCAGCAAAAUGGCAAAUAUUUACAAAUAACGGGUUACGUUGCAUUAUGACACUCUUCAAGUGUGUAAUGUAUCGUUAUGUAUUUUUUUAUUACAAUACAGCAAAUGAAUUGGACACUGCUGUUCUUGUACAGAAAUAGCCAAUUUGGUCCCAGGCCAAUUUGCAAUAUUAUAUCCGUGAAACUUCAUGAGCACCAUGGAAAUUUGUUCCACCUUUGUCAACUACAACUUUCUCGCUGAUGAUUUUACAAUCACACUCAACUAUGCUGCUUUUAAAUCCUGUAGUAGACAUUUGUCCUUCUACCUACUUAGAAACAAUGUAGUCGCUGGUUUUACACAUGGACAAGCCGUGUUGGACUUUUAACAAUAGAUUUUAUGCUUGAAAACAUGAAGCAAGCAGUCCCAGAUGCUGUCUCGAUCUUGAUGAAUUUAAUUCUGUUGUCUUUACAUGAUAACGCAUGUCUUGGAGAAAUAAGUGGUCACAUAUAUUCUCCUUUGAGGGGCACAAAACAACAGAAAACCUGCCGACGACAUCUAUAGCGCUUUUUUUCUGGUAUUUGGAUUCUUGGGAACACUUCAAAGUUAUUUAACCCUAAUAUAAUUCAUUUCACUGUUGUCUUAAAGGUGCAAGAGUGUUGUGGCAUCAGCAUGAGCCUGUCCUGUGCCACAUCGAAUCAUAUCGAUAAUAUUUCCCGCUCUAUUAUGGGUGAAAGUAUUGUUAUGGACAGGAUGCCCAAGUUUGAUUGUUUUAUGUGAGGAAGGAUUAAUUGUGAGGUUUAUUUAUAAAGUGUGAUUAAAUGUUGCCUGAUCAGUGGUGUUUGUUGAAUGUAACCACAAAUCGUGUUUUUUUAAUUUAAAUAUUACCUGUAACACGUCUCCACAAAUGAAUAUCGGAUAUUUGAAAAGAGCCUUAUGAAAUAAUUCUAAUACGUCGUUCUAUUGGUCAUUCUGUGUUUUUGCUGUAUCAACUAUAUAACUGUACAUGUGAUUGCAUGGAGUUAAAAGGUCAGGGUGGGAAGGUCAAUGUUGUUGUUUAAAUGGUUAUUGAGCAUGAAGGCAUUUUUUUUUUGUAUCGCUUCUCUCAACUGUCUCAAAGACUAAUUUUAAUGUAGAGAUUUUAGCAUAUCCUUACAUUUCCCUUGACGCAUUUCUUUUAACGGGUUUGGUGCAUGUGACCUAUUAAAGACAUUUCUGUUCAUGUUUUUCGCUAUUUUCCCUGUACAGCAAAAAAAGUGAAUGUAAGCCAUACCACAGUGUGCUUAACCUGUAAACACUCAGUGUCCUUAAGUUACAUCUGCGUCAUAUCUGCAAACUUUUGGUGUAUGGUAAGGGGGUGGUGUUAUUUUCAGCAGAUUGUGUCGUUUAUUUUUAUUUUACUAUAUACUAGUGUUGCACGGAUACCAAUUUUGGGCUCCCGGUACGGAUUCCGACACCCGGUUGUGUGCUGAUACUGCACCUAUACAAAGUUUAUGGAAAAAAGAACAUUUUUUCCUUUUAUUACUACAUUACUUUAUACUGGAGUGUAAAUUAAUUCCUAUUAUGGAUUAGUCAGACACUGCUGAAUCUUUGGCUGCCAUCGACAGCACUUAGACGUCCAAUCCAUUUGAAGUGGGAGGGAUGGCAGCGACUUCAUUCGCUGCCGCCUUCCCACUUCAAGUGGAUUGGAUGUCUACUAUUGAUGAACUCAAUGAAAUUCACAGCAGAAGGAUGAAAAGAGCCAUGUGAUAAGACAUCUAUCAUCCUCAAUGCUCUCAGUUAAAUUUGUCCAUUAAUUUAUUUAAAGCCAUUAACAUUUUUGCACUUAUAUUGUGUUUCCUAUUGGAGUUAUGAGUCAUUGAUGUUCCUGACAGCCACUGUGAUAUUGACCAACUGACAGAUCAUUAAAAACAAGUGCUUCAAGAGAUUUGUCGUAGUACGUUUGGCUUCUCUGUGUGAUGUGC